UGUUCAUGAAUUCAUUUACUCGUUCUGUUUCGUGCUGUUCAUAUCGAAUUAAAAUAAAUUUUUAAAAUGUCUGGCCGUGGUAAAGGUGGAAAAGUUAAGGGAAAGGCAAAGUCUCGUUCGAACCGUGCCGGAUUACAGUUUCCAGUCGGUCGUAUUCACCGAUUGUUGCGUAAAGGCAACUAUGCCGAACGUGUCGGUGCUGGUGCUCCAGUUUAUUUGGCAGCUGUGAUGGAAUAUUUGGCUGCUGAAGUAUUGGAAUUGGCUGGUAACGCAGCCCGUGACAACAAGAAAUCGAGAAUAAUUCCACGUCAUUUACAGUUGGCCAUCCGCAACGACGAAGAAUUGAACAAGUUGUUGUCGGGCGUAACCAUUGCCCAAGGUGGUGUUCUGCCCAACAUUCAGGCAGUUUUGUUGCCGAAAAAGACUGAAAAGAAGUCUGCUUCUUCGCAAGAAUUUUAGUGACACGAAACGUGUAACGCUUUCUAAAAACCAGUCCUUUUAAGGACUAC